GUCCUUGAUGCCAGCUUAUGCACACUGUUAGCACCCCCUGCCCCCAGCACGGUCCUGGCUGCCCCCUCCAGGCCCUUGAUGAGUUCCCUCAACCUGCCCAGGAGAAGUUGGACCUUCUUCCUUUCCCGGUGACCUUCCCCAAUCUGUGGGAGGAAGAGGGGGCAGCUUGUUCCCUUCUGCCUGAUAAUUAUCUUCCUUUGGUGUGGGGGAUGCCCAAGGCCUGGCUUUAGGCUGUGGGAGAGCAGAGGAGGAGAUGGAAGAGCAGCCUACAGCAGCUGCUGGGAGGGACCAGGCUAAUUCACACUUGGAAGUUGGGAUGCCAGGUCCAGCCCUCUGCCUUCCUCUGUGUCCUGACCAGCUCCACACUGAGACGAAUCUGAAGUAAGAUGCUUCCAUCUCUCUCUGUCUGUCCUGGCUGCUCACAGAGGCCCUGCUAGAAGAAACAGACGGAAGUGUCCUUAGACUCUCAUCUCCAGGAUGAGGCUCCUGAUUUCGUUCGCUGCCCAUCUCUGGCUCCAGGGCCUUUUGGCGGAGGAAGAGGUAUGCUCAUCCCUGGAAGGGAGCCCAGACAGGGAAGUUGAAGGCCCACUCCUGAGUGUGAACAUCAGCAGCCGAGGAAGACCUACCAGCCUGUUUGUGAGCUGGGUGGUUGCAGAGCCAGGCGCAUUCAACUAUGCCCUCUGCCUCAGGAGUUUGAACUCCUCAGGUUCUCCAGAAGGACAACAGCUUCAGGCUCACACAAAUGAGUCUAACUUUGAGUUCCAUGGCCUGGUGCCAGGGAGUCACUAUCAUCUGGAACUGACUGUUCUAAGACCCUGUUGGCAGAACGUCACGGUUAACCUCACUGCCCAAACUGCCCCGUCAGUGGUCCGUGGAUUACAGCUGCACAGCUCUGGGAGCCCAGCCAGCCUGGAAGGCUCAUGGAGCAAUGCCCCUGGGGAUCAAGACAGCUACCAACUUCUCCUCUACCACCUGGAAUCCCAUACUCUGGCAUGUAAUGUCUCUGUGUCCCCUGGCAUCCUGUCUUACAAUUUUGACAACCUCUUGCCAGGGAGUCAGUAUGUCUUGGAGGUUAUCACCUGGGCUGGCAGUCUCCAAGCAAAGACUAGGAUCCACCAAUGGACAGAGCCUGAGCCUCCGGGUCACCUCGUACUGCAUGCCUUGGAUACCAGUAGCCUGCAAGCCUUCUGGAACAGCUCCGAAGGUGCCACCUGGUUUCACCUGAUGCUCACAGACCUCCGAUGGGGCACCAACCUGACUGCAGUGCUCAGACAAGGGAUCUCAAACCACACCUUCCUCCACCUGUCUCCUGGCACACCUUAUGAGCUGAAGCUUUCUGCUGCUGCUGGGCCCCACCAGGUUGUGGGGCCCAAUGCCACCGAGUGGACCUAUCCCUCCUACCCAUCUGACCUGGUGCUGACUCCCUUGCGCACUGAGCUCUGGGCAAGCUGGAAGGCAGGGCUGGGAGCCCGGGACGGCUACGUGCUGAAGCUGAGCGGGCCAGUGGAGAAGACUGCUACCCUGGGCCCUGAAGAGUGCAAUGCUGUGUUCUCAGCGCCCCUGCCUCCCGGGCACUACACUUUGGGGCUGAAGGUUGUGGCUGGACCUUAUGAGGCCUGGAUGGAGGCCAGUACUUGGCUGGCUGAAUCUGCUGCCCUUCCCGGGGAGGCUCCUGGUGCAAGACUGUGGCUAGACGGAUUGGAAGCUACCCAGAAGCUUGGGAGACGGGCACUACUCUAUACUGACGAUGCCCCAGGCCUCCUCGAAAACAUGUCUGUGCCUUCUGGUGCCACUUAUGUCACUUUCUGUGGCUUGGUACCUGGUGCCCACUACCGCGUGGACAUUGCCUCGUCCAUGGGAGACGUCACUCAGAGCAUCACAGGCUACACAAGUCCCCUACCACCGCAGACACUGGAGGUCAUCAGCAGGAGCAGCCCAUCUGACCUGACUAUUGGCUGGGCUCCGGGACCAGGGCAGCUGGAAGGUUAUAAGAUUACCUGGCAUCAGGAUGGCAGCCAGAGGUCACCUGGAGGCCUUCUUGACUUGGGCCCCGACCAAUCCAGCCUGACUCUGAAGUCUCUGGUACCUGGCUCAUGCUACACCGUGUCAGCAUGGGCCUGGGCUGGGAACCUCAGCUCUAACUCCCGGAAGAUCCACAGCUGCACUCGCCCUGCUCCUCCCACCAACCUGAGCCUGGGCUUUGCCAGCCAGCCUGCAGCACUGAGGGCUUCCUGGGGCCACCCACCAGGUGGCAGGGAUGGCUUUCAGUUACGGCUUUACAGGCUGAGGCCCCUGGCACUGGAAAGUGAGAGGAUCAUAUCCCGGGAGGCCCAGAACUUCUCCUGGGCCCAGCUGGAUGCAGGCUCUGAGUUCCAGGUCCAGCUGUCUACCUUGUGGGAGUCCAAAGAAAGUAGCAGUGCCAAUGCCACAGGCUGGACACCUCCCUCAGCACCCACAUUGGUAAAUGUGACAAGUGAUGCUCCCACCCAGCUGCAAGCAUCCUGGGUCCAUGCUCCUGGGGGCCGGACCAGUUACCAAGUGACCCUGUACCAGGAGGGUGCCCGGGCAGCCACCAGCAUUGUGGGGCCCAAGGCAGACAGCACAAGCUUUUCGGGUUUGACUCCUGGCACCAAGUACAAGGUGGAGGUCAUCUCCUGGGCUGGGCCCCUCUACACCGAAGCAGCCAAUGUUUCUGCUUGGACAUAUCCGCUCACACCCAACGAGUUGCUUGUGUCAGUGCAGGCAGGCAGUGCUGUGGUUAGCCUGGCCUGGCCCAGUGGUCCACUGGGGCAGGGGACAUGCCAUUCCCAGCUGUCAGAUGCUGGGCACCUCUUGUGGGAGCAGCCCCUGUCACUAGGCCAAGACCACCUCAUGCUAAGGGAUCUUACACCAGGACGUACCUUCUUGAUGUCUGUGAAGUGUCAGGCGGGGCCCCUCCAGGCCUCCACUCACCCUGUGGUGCUGUCUGUGGAGCCUGGCCCCGUGGAAGAUGUGCUGUGCCAGCCUGAGGCCACCCACCUGGCCCUGAACUGGACGAUGCCUGCUGGAGAUGUGGGUGCAUGUCUGGUGGUGGUAGAGCAGCUGGUGUCAGGGGGGAGUGUUCAUUUUGUCUUCCAGGUCAACACCUCGGAGGAUGCUCUCCUGCUGCCCAACCUGCUGCCCACCACGUCUUACCGCCUCAGCCUCACUGUGCUGGGAAGGAAUGGCCAGUGGAGCCGGGCAGUCACCCUGGUGUGCACUACUUCCGCUGAGGGUUGGCACCCCCCAGAGCUAGCUGAGGCCCCCCAACUGGAGCUGGGGACAGAGAUGGGUGUGACAGUCACAAGUGGCAUGUUUGGCAAAGACAAUGGUCAGAUCCAGUGGUAUGGCAUAAUUGCCAGCAUCAACAUGUCAUUGGCCCGGCCUUCCCGGGAAGCUAUCAACCACACGUGGUAUGACCACUACUACAGAGGACGUGACUCCUACCUGGCUGUCCUGUUCCCAAACCCUUUCUAUCCAGGGCUUUGGGCUGUGCCGAGAUCCUGGACAGUGCCUGUGGGCACAGAGGACUGUGGCUUCACCAAGGAGAUGUGCAAUGGGUAUCUCAAGCCAGGUUUCCAGUACAGGUUCAGCAUAGCAGCCUUUAGCAGGGUCGCAGUUCCUGAGACCACUGUCACCUUCUCGGCUUUCUCAGAGCCCCAGGCCAGCGUCCCUCUAGGGGCAGUGCCCCUGACAGUUAUGUUUGGGACUGUGGCGGGCUGCGUGCUCAUCGUGUGUGCGGUGCUGUGCUUGCUGUGCUGGUGGCGUCUGAAGGGACCAAGGCCAGAGGAUGCUUUUCCCCAUGAGCUGACGGCUUACAACCUGCGGAGGACCCACCGGCCCAUCCCCAGCCACAGCUUCCGGCAGAGCUAUGAGGCCAAGAGUGCUCACGCACACCAGGCUUUCUUUCAGGAAUUUGAGGAGCUUAAGGAGGUGGGCAGGGAGCAGUCCAGACUAGAGGCUGAGCAUCCUUCCAACAUCACCAAGAACCGGUACCCACACGUGCUACCCUACGACCACUCCAGGGUCAGGCUGACCCCUCUGGCAGGAGAACCUCAUUCUGACUACAUCAAUGCCAACUUCAUCCCAGGCUACAGCCACCCGCAGGAAUUCAUUGCCACUCAGGGGCCUCUCAAAAAGACGCUGGAGGACUUCUGGAGACUGGUGUGGGAGCAGCAAGUACAUGUCAUUAUCAUGCUGACCGUGGGCAUGGAGAACGGACGGGUGCUGUGUGAGCACUACUGGCCAGCCAGCUCCAUUCCUGUCACCCACGGGCACAUCACCGUCCACCUCCUGGCAGAGCAGUCUGAGGAUGAGUGGACCAUGAGGGAAUUCCAGCUGCAGCAUGGUGCCCAGCAAAAACAGCGGCGGGUGAGGCAACUGCAGUUCACCACGUGGCCAGAUCACAGUGUCCCGGAGUCCCCCAGCUCUCUGCUUGCCUUUGUGGAAUUGGUACAUGAGCAGGUGCAGGCCGCUCAGGGCAAGGGACCCAUUCUGGUGCAUUGCAGUGCGGGCGUGGGUCGGACAGGCACCUUUGUGGCUCUCCUGCGGCUACUGCAGCAGCUGGAGGAAGAGCAGGCGGUGGACGUGUUCAACACGGUGUACAUGCUCCGGCUGCACCGGCCCCUCAUGAUCCAGACCCCGAGCCAAUACAUCUUCCUGCACAGCUGCCUGCUGAGCAGGAUUCUGGAAGGGCCCUCUGGCGCCUCUGACUCCCGCCCCAUCUCUGUGAUGAAUUUUGCACAAGCUUGUGCCAAGAGGGCAGCCAAUGCCAACGCUGGUUUCUUGAAGGAGUACAAGCUCCUGAAGCAAGCUAUCAAGGAUGACAGUGGCUCUCGGACGCCCCCUCCUGGCUAUAAUCAGAACAGCGUAGUCUCCAGCCAUCAUCCUCAGGCGCAGCUCGAAGAGGUGGAGGAGAGCCCUGAUGAUAACAUGCUGGAGGCCUGGCUCUUCCCUGGUGGGCCAUCUGGUCGUGACCAUGUGGUGCUGACUGGCUCUCCUGGACCAAAGGAGCUCUGGGAACUUGUGUGGGAGCAUAGCGCCCGUGUGCUGGUCUCCCUGGGCCUGCCUGAUACCAAGGAGAAGCCACAAAACAUCUGGCCGAUGGAGGGGCAGCCUGUUGUCACAGACAUGGUGACAGUGCACAGAGUAGCUGAGAGCAACAUAGCCGGCUGGCCUUGCACCGUCUUCAGAGUCGUACAUGGGAAAAGCAGAACUGAAAGGCAGGUUCAGCACUUGCAGUUUCCAUGCUGGGAGUCUGGGUGUGAGCUCCCAGCUACCACCUUGCUGCCCUUCCUGGAUGCUGUCCGUCAGUGCUGCUCCUGGGACAGGAGCAAGAAGUCAGGGACCUUGCUCAGUCACUCCAGCAAGGGUUCGGGCCAGCUGGGCACCUUCGUGGCCAUGGAGCAGCUGUUACAACAAGCGGGGACUGAGUGCACCGUGGAUGUCUUCAGUGUGGCCCUGAAGCAGUCACAGGCCUGUGGCCUCAUGACCCCAACGCUGGAGCAGUAUAUCUACCUCUACAACUGCCUGAACAGUGCACUGUUGGAUGGCUUGUCCUGAGUUGGGGAGCGCCUGUGCCCUGCUAGGCAUCCUGUUGUAGCAAAUGCACCCAGCCCUGGCUUCGCUGGGGAGAGCACAUCCACCGGGCCUCAUGCUGUGGAAAGAGCAGAGUCGGGGAAUAAAGACCCAUGGUCAAACUCA